CCCCCCGCCCCCUAUGCCAGCCAGGACCCUGGAAGGUCCAGCCUGCAUCCCGAGUGCUAUCCCGCCCUGACCCAUCCGCACAAGGCCGGACAGAUCCGUGGGGAGGGGCUUCCUGCCGCUCCCCGGGAGCUUCCCUCCCCCCUCCCCUAAGAUUCUGAUGUAACACCCAGAACUGGAUAUUUUACUCUCAAAUUCUGCGGAUCCAGCCGCGGGAGAUUCUAAGAGGCCAUUCCACCUCAGAAUGGGGUGGGGGACACGGGGUCGUGGUCCUCGGGGCGCCCCCUUCCCGUGGUGGGGGUCACCCCCCUGCACACGCAGCCCCUGGACCCGCGCGGAGGCCCCGACGCCCCACAGCCGCCGCCGGUCCCCGCCCCGGGCCGCCAUUGGCUGUUGCCAUGGCACCAGCCCGUCUUCCCGCGCCGCCAUUGGCCGCUGCGUCUGCAUCCCGCAUCCCCGCAUCCUCCCCCGCUCGCGGUGGUCUCGCCCAGCGCCUGGAGCCGCGGCGCCGCCUGGCCAGGCCCGGACUGGGCUUUGUCCGCCCCAGAGCCCCCCGCCCGUGCCCGUGACACACCGGAGCCCCGGAGCCCAAGCCCCGCAGCCGCCCCGGCCCAGGAGGGCCGGGAUCUGGGCGGGGCCCGCGGAGCUGCGCCGAGGGAGGAGGACCCAGGCCCACGGCGCCCCCGCCAGCCCAGCCCGAGGGAGAUAAAACGCUGCAGGAGCUGAAGAUGACGAGCUCCGUGGCGCCCUACGAGCAGCUGGUGCGGCAGGUGGAGGCCUUGAAGGCCGAGAACAGUCACCUGAGGCAGGAGCUGCGGGACAACUCGAGCCACCUGUCCAAGCUGGAGACGGAGACGUCUGGCAUGAAGGAGGUCCUGAAGCGUUUGCAGGGCAAGCUGGAGCAGGAGGCCCGAGUGCUGGUGUCCUCGGGCCAGACAGAGGUGCUGGAGCAGCUGAAAGCCCUGCAGAUGGACAUCACUAGCCUGUACAACCUCAAGUUCCAGCCCCCAGCCCUGGGCCCCGAGCCCGCUGCCCAGACCCCCGAGGGAAGCCCAGUACACGGCUCCGGGCCCUCUAAGGACAGCUUUGGGGAGCUGAGCCGGGCCACCAUCCGGCUGCUGGAGGAACUGGACCGAGAACGGUGCUUCCUGUUGAAUGAGAUUGAGAAGGAGGAGAAGGAGAAGCUCUGGUAUUACUCGCAGCUGCAGGGCCUGUCCAAGCGCCUGGACGAGCUCCCGCACGUGGAGACGCAGUUCUCGAUGCAGAUGGACCUGAUCCGGCAGCAGCUGGAGUUCGAGGCCCAGCACAUCCGCUCGCUGAUGGAGGAGCGCUUCGGCACCUCGGACGAGAUGGUGCAGCGGGCGCAGAUCCGUGCUUCGCGCCUGGAGCAGAUCGACAAGGAAUUGCUGUCUGCGCAGGACCGGGUGCAGCAGACGGAGCCCCAGGCCCUGCUGGCGGUGAAGUCGAUGCCACUGGACGAGGACACGGAGACUGAGGUCCCCACGCACCCUGAGGAUGGUGCCCCUCAGCCGGGCAACAGCAAGGUGGAGGUGGUCUUCUGGCUGCUAUCCAUGCUGGCGACGCGCGACCAGGAGGACACGGCACGCACGCUGCUCGCCAUGUCCAGCUCUCCCGAGAGCUGUGUGGCCAUGCGCCGCUCGGGCUGCCUGCCGCUGCUGCUGCAGAUCCUGCACGGCACCGAGGCCGGGCCUGGGGGUCGUAACGGGAACCCCGGGGCACCGGGAGCCAAGGACGCGCGCAUGCGCGCCAACGCGGCGCUGCACAACAUCGUCUUCUCGCAGCCUGACCAGGGCCUGGCGCGCAAGGAGAUGCGCGUCCUGCACGUGCUGGAGCAGAUCCGCGCCUACUGCGAGACCUGCUGGGACUGGCUGCAGGCCCGGGACGGCGGGCCCGAGGGGGGCGGCGCCGGCGGCGCCCCCGUCCCCAUCGAGCCGCAGAUCUGCCAGGCCACGUGUGCCGUGAUGAAGCUGUCCUUCGAUGAGGAGUAUCGCCGGGCCAUGAACGAGCUGGGCGGGCUGCAGGCCGUGGCGGAGUUGCUGCAGGUCGACUACGAGAUGCACGGGAUGACCCGGGACCCACUCAACCUCGCCCUGCGCCGAUACGCCGGCAUGACCCUCACCAAUCUCACCUUUGGGGACGUCGCCAACAAGGCCGCACUGUGCGCGCGCCGGGGCUGCAUGGAGGCCAUCGUGGCCCAGCUGGCGUCCGAGAGUGAGGAGCUCCACCAGGUGGUGUCCAGCAUCCUGCGCAACCUCUCCUGGCGGGCUGACAUCAACAGCAAGAAGGUGCUGAGGGAGGUCGGCAGCAUGACGGCCCUGAUGCAGUGUGUCCUGAGAGCCACCAAGGAGUCCACCCUGAAGAGCGUGCUCAGCGCCCUGUGGAACCUCUCGGCGCACAGCACGGAGAACAAGGCGGCCAUCUGCCAGGUGGACGGCGCCCUGGGCUUCCUGGUGAGCACGCUGACCUACAAGUGCCAGAGCAGCUCGCUGGCCAUCAUGGAGAGCGGCGGCGGCAUCCUGCGCAACGUGUCCAGCCUCAUCGCCACCCGCGAGGACUACAGGCAGGUGCUGCGGGACCACCACUGCCUGCAGACGCUGCUGCAGCACCUCACGUCGCACAGCCUGACCAUCGUGAGCAACGCGUGCGGCACGCUCUGGAACCUGUCGGCCCGCAGCGCGCGCGACCAGGAGCUGCUGUGGGACCUGGGCGCGGUGGGCAUGCUGCGCAACCUGGUGCACUCCAAGCACAAGAUGAUCGCCAUGGGCAGCGCCGCGGCCCUGCGCAACCUGCUGGCCCACCGGCCCGCCAAGUACCAGGCGGCCGCCGCCGCCGUGUCCCCGGGCGCCUGCGCGCCCAGCCUGUACGUGCGCAAGCAGCGCGCGCUCGAGGCCGAGCUGGACGCGCGCCACCUGGCCCAGGCGCUCGACCGCCUGGAGGCGCAGGGCCCGCCAGAGGCCGAGGCCGCCGCCAAGAAGCCGCUGCCGCCGCUGCGCCACCUGGACGGGCUGGCCCGCGACUACGCCUCGGACUCCGGCUGCUUCGACGACGACGACGCGCCCUCCCUGGCCGCCGCGGCCGCCACCGCCGAGCCGGCCAGCCCCGCCGUGCUGUCCCUCUUCCUGGGCAGCCCCUUCCUGCAGGGCCAGGCGCUGGCCCGCGCCCCGCCCGCCCGCCGCGGCGCCCCGGAGGCCGAGAAGGAGGCCGGCGGUGAGGCGGCCGUGGCGGCCAGGGCCAAGGCCAAGCUGGCGCUGGCGGUGGCGCGGAUCGACCGGCUGGUGGAGGACAUCUCGGCCCUGCACACCUCAUCCGACGACAGCUUCAGCCUCAGCUCCGGGGACCCUGGGCAGGAGGCGCCUCGGGAGGGCCGCGCCCAGUCCUGCUCGCCCUGCCGGGGGCCCGACGGCGGGCGGCGGGAGGCGGGCAGCCGGGCUCACCCGCUGCUGCGGCUCAAGGCGGCCCACGCCAGCCUCUCCAACGACAGCCUCAACAGCGGCAGCACCGGCGACGGGCCGGGUCCCCGUGAGCACACGCGGCCCUGUCAGCUGGCCGCGCUGGCCGAGUACCGCGAGGGGCCCCCGUGCACUCAGGCGCGGCCCAGCCGCCUUGACCUUGACCCGCCGGGGGCCCAGCCCGAGCCGGCAGCCCAGGACGCCGCGGCCGCCGACGCCCGCGUGCGCACCAUCAAGCUGUCGCCCACCUACCAGCACGUGCCGCUGCUCGAGGGCGCGGGCAGGGCGGGCUCCGGGCCGCCAGGUGCAGGGUCCCGGAAGCAGGCCUGGCUGCCCGCAGAGGCCCUGAGCAAGGUGCCGGAGAAGCUGGGGGCGGAGGCGGCUGCGCUCUGCCUGUCCCGCUGCAGCUCCCUGUCCUCGCUGUCCUCGGCCGGCCGCCCGGGGCCCAGCGAGGCCGGGGACCUGGACGACAGUGACUCGUCCCUGGAGGGGCUGGAGGAGGCGGGCCCCAGCGAGGCGGCGCUGGACGGGGCCUGGCGGGGGCCGGGGGCCGCCUCCCUGCCCAUGGCCAUCCCGGCGCCGCGGCGGGGCCGGGGCCUGGGGGUGGAGGACGCCACGCCGUCCAGCUCCUCGGAGAACUGCGUGCAGGAGACGCCGCUGGUGCUGAGCCGCUGCAGCUCGGUGAGCUCGCUGGGCAGCUUCGAGAGCCCGUCCAUUGCCAGCUCCAUCCCCAGCGACCCGUGCAGCGGGCUGGGCAGCGGCACGGUCAGCCCCAGCGAGCUGCCCGACAGCCCCGGGCAGACCAUGCCGCCGAGCCGCAGCAAGACGCCGCCGCCGGCGCCCGCGCCCCCGGGCGAGCGCGAGAGCACGCAGUUCAGCCUGCAGUGGGAGAGCUACGUGAAGCGGUUCCUGGACAUCGCCGACUGCCGCGAGCGCUGCCGCCUGCCCUCCGAGCUGGACGCGGGCAGCGUGCGCUUCACCGUGGAGAAGCCGGACGAGAACUUCUCGUGCGCCUCCAGCCUCAGCGCGCUCGCCCUGCACGAGCACUACGUGCAGAAGGACGUGGAGCUGCGGCUGCUGCCGCCGGCCUGCCCCGAGCGGGGCGGCGGGGGUGGCGGAGGCCCCGGCCUGCACUUCGCCGGGCACCGUCGGCGGGACGAGGCCGCUGGCCGCCUCGAGGGGCCGACGGCCGCUGAGCAGGAGCUGGAGCUGCUGCGAGAGUGCCUGGGCGCGGCCGUGCCCGCCCGGCUCCGCAAGGUGGCCUCGGCGCUGGUGCCCGGCCGCCGCGCGCUGCCGGUGCCCGUCUACAUGCUGGUGCCCGCCCCGGCCCGCGAGGACGACUCGUGCACUGACUCGGCCGAGGGCACGCAGGCCAACUUCUCCAGCACCGCCUCGCUCAGCGACGAGACGCUGCAGGGGCCCCCCAGGGACGCGCCCGGCGGGCGUGCGGACAGGCAGAAGCCCGCGGGCCGUGCGGUCCCUGCCAGGCAGGUGGUCGGGCACCGGCACAGGGCGGGGGGCGCAGGCCGGAGCUGGGAGCAGGCCCGGGGCGCGAGCAGGAGCCGGACUGGGCUGGAGCUGCCCCUCCGCCGGCCCCCGAGCGCCCACACAGACGGGGAUGGCUCCCACGCGGGCCGGGCGCGUGGGGACGGCGCCCUGCAGUCGCUGUGUCUCACGACGCCCACCGAGGAGGCCGUCUACUGCUUCUACGGCGACGACUCGGACGAGGAGCCGUCCAGGGCGGCGGCCACCCCGCGGCGGCCGUCCGCCAUCCCCCGGGCGGUGAAGAGGGAGCGUCCAGCGGGCAGGAAGGAGGCGCAGGCCGUGCCCAAGCCUGUGCCCAAGCCUGCGCCGCCCGCCCGGGCCCAGCCCAGCCUCAUCGCCGACGAGACGCCGCCGCGCUGCUCCCUGAGUUCGUCCGCGAGCUCCCUGGGCGAGCCCGAGCCCCCAGCGCCAGCAGCGAGCCGGCCCCGAGCCCGCGAGGUGGCCGUCACCAAGGACCCCGGCCCGGGCGGCGGGCUCGCCGGCUCCCCCAGCCCGAGGGCCCAGGCGGAGCUGCUGCGGCGCGGCAUCGGCUCAGCCCUGCCCAGGCGCCGACCCCAGGCACCAGCCCCGCGGCGACGCAAGCCCCAAGCCGCCCAGCCGGACGAGCGGCCGGCAGACGGGGCCCAGGAGCGCGGCGAGGAGGCAGCGGGCUCAGAUCACGCCUCAGACCUGGACAGCGUCGAGUGGCGCGCCAUCCAGGAGGGCGCCAACUCCAUCGUCACGUGGCUGCACCAGGCGGCAGCGGCAGCGGCCACCAGCGAGGCCUCGUCUGAGUCUGACUCCAUCCUGUCCUUCAUGUCGGGGCUCUCAGUGGGCUCCACCCUGCAGCCCUCCCCGCACAGGAAGGGGCCCCGGCCACGGGCGGAAGGCCAGGCCGGCAGUGGGGUGCGGCCAGAGAAACGGGAUGCGGCCCUGGCCCAGCGCGGCAGCGGGCCCCGCUCAUCCUGCGGCCCGGAGAAGCCACGAGGCGCUCAGAAGACUGUGCCUGGGGUGCCGGCUGUGCUCCGGGGCCGGACGGUGAUCUACGUGCCCAGCCCAGCCCCCCGGGCCCCCCCAAAGGCCGCCCCCAGCCCCCGUGCUGCACCCAGGAAGAUGGGACCCCCCAGCCCCGCGCAGCCGGCAGCCCCCACCAAAGCCCCCGGGCUGGGGCAGCCGCGGUCUCGGAGCCUGCACCGGCCGGGCAAGAUCUCGGAAUUGGUGGCGCUGAGCCCGCCGCAGAGGAGCGCCACACCACCCGCACGCCUCGCCAAGACCCCCUCGUCCAGCUCCUCCCAGACCUCCCCUGCCUCCCAGCCCCUGCCCAGGAGGUCACCCCCCGCCACCCAGGCUACGGGGCCCCUGCCCGGCCCCGGGUCCUCAGCACUGCCCAAGACGCCGGCGCGGGCCCUGCUGGCCAAGCAGCACAAGACGCAGAAGUCGCCCGUGCGCAUCCCAUUCAUGCAGAGGCCCGCCCGGCGGGGGCCGCCGCCCCUGGCCAGGGCAGCGCUGGAGCCGGGCCCCAGGGGCCGGGCAGGGGCCGAAGGGGGGCCGGGCGCCCGAGGGGGCCGCCUGGGCCUGGUGCGCGUGGCCUCGGCCCGCUCCAGCGGCAGCGAGUCCUCCGACCGCUCGGGCUUCCGGCGGCAGCUGACGUUCAUCAAGGAGUCGCCGGGCCUGCCGCGCCGCCGCCGCGCAGAACCAGCCACCUCCGCCUCCACCUCCGCCACCAUCCCCGCCUCCCAGGGCGGCUCGCCCCGCCGCGGCCGGCCCGCGCUGCCCGCCGUCUUCCUCUGCUCCUCGCGCUGCGACGAGCUGCGGGCAGCCCCGAGGCAGGCCCCGGGCCCCCAUCGGCUCCCUGCAGCCCGGCCCGGCCCCGGAGAGCGACCGCCGCGGCGCACCAGCUCCGAGAGCCCGUCGCGCCUGCCCGUGCGCACGCCGGCCACCCGGCCCGAGACAGUCAAGCGCUACGCCUCGCUGCCACACAUCAGCGUGGCCCGCAGGCCCGACGGCGCGGCCCCCGCACCCACGGCCGACGCCACCCGCCGCAGCAGCGACGGCGAGGCCCGGCCACUGCCCAGGGUGGCCGCACCAGGCACCACAUGGCGUCGCAUCCGGGACGAGGACGUCCCGCACAUCCUGCGGAGCACGCUGCCCGCCACUGCCCUGCCGCUGAGGGGCGCCUCACCCGAGGAGGGUCCGGGCGGCCCCCCACAGCGCAAGACCAGCGACGCCGUGGUCCAGACGGAGGACUUCGUGGCCACCAAGACCAACUCCAGCACGUCCCCGAGCCUGGAGAGCAGGGAGCCCCCCCAGGUUCCGGCCAGCGGCCCCAUCUCCCUGCUCGGCAGCGACGUGGACGGGCCCACCCCUGCCAAGGCGCCCGCCGCCGCCACCUUCGUCCACGAGGGCCUGGUGGUGGCCGCAGGGGGCUUCCCCGCCAGCCGGCACGGCUCCCCCAGCCGCUCGGCCCGCGUGCCGCCCUUCAACUACGUGCCCAGCCCCAUGGUGGUGGCCCCCACUGACUCGGCCGUGGAGAAGGCACCGGCCGCCGACCCCGCCAGCCUCCUGGAAUAGUGGCCUGGUCGGCCUUCCAGAACAUCCUCUUUGGCCCUGCGGCCAUCGGGCGGCCCCGAGGGUGGUCCCAGCGCCCACCCGAGCACCCUCCCCAGCUCGCAUGGGCCUCCCAUCUCACCCGCAGAUGCUUGCUUCUGUGCCACGGGGGCUCCGGAGGGACAGGGGGCCGUGGGCUGGACCUCGAGUCCCAGCCAGGGAGGCCCAGGUGGGCGCCUGCCCCAGCCGGCCCCACGCAGAGACCACCCUCAGCCCCUCGGGCCCAGGCCUCAGCACGGCCUUCCCUCUGGGGAGGCAGAGGGAGGUGACAGCGCCCGCCCGAGGUGGGGGCCGGGGCUGGGGAGGGUGGCACCAUGGAGCGCCUGCCAGAGCCUGGAGGAAGCCGGCAAUUACAGCGGCGGCCGGGUAAUUUGUUAAUGACCGCUUUGCGGGUCUGUCUGCCUCCUCAGCCCCAGCGGGGGAGCCGGGGGAGGGGGGCGGCUGCGCCCGGCAGAAGGACAGCCCCACCUCCAAGGGUGCAUUCAGGGAGCCGGGGACAGAGAGCAGGGAGGGCAGAGCAGCCUGGCCCCUCCCGCGCCCGCAGGAAGGAACAGGGAGAGCCUGGUGUGUGGACGAUGAGAGGUGGCCACCCCAUGUCCCUGCUGGUGGCCCAGGAGGGACCCCUGCUGAGUGGAGUCAGAACUGGCCUGGUGGGCAGGAGGCCGAGGAGAGUCAGGGAGCCCCCGGGCGCAGAGACCGGGCCCUGGCCUCUCCCUCCGCCCGUGCAGAGGGACGGGGACUUCCCCAUGGAUGGUCCUUCCUGUCUGUUUCUUUCCUUGGCGACCACGGAGCACUGGGCUCUGCGGCUCCCUGCCAGGCCCAUGCCGCUCGCUCCUCCCCUCUGGGACAGCACAGCUGGGGACGGGUGGAACCCGUGCCUGGGAGGAGGUUUGGGGCCUGGAGCCCCGAGAGCCAGGUCCAGAAGCAGCGGCGAGAUGGACGGGGACCACGAGGCUGGGGCAGCCGCUGGGAAGACCCCCUCUCCUGCCCUCCCCCCUCCCCUCUCCCCUGCUGGUGUGUGUGUGGCCCGGGCUCCGCUGGGGGACCCGGGUGCUCGUGCUGGGUCUCGGCCGAGGGCGCCCUCCUGCAGGAAGAGCCAGCGACCUCUUUCCUGCGGAUCCGGUUCCGGGAGCAGCUGCUCCGGGCGGUGGAGCUGCCAUCACAGCCCCGCUGCAGACCUGCCGAGGCCGAGACCGUGGGAGGAGACCCCCGGCCAGCUCACCCCCCUCUCUGGGAGGAGGGGAGGCGGGGCUGAGUCGGGGGAAGGAGCUGAAGGAGCCCAUGUCCCGCCAUGUCCCCCACUGUCCCUCCCUUUGCCCCACCCGCAUGGAAGGAGCUGCCCUGAGAGCAGAAGUGUGUCCCUGGUGGGACUCUCCUCACUCAGCGGACCCCGAGCGCCCACGGACAGCGUGCUGCUGCCGACACGAGUGUCCCGCUGCCUGGCACCCCCGAGCCGCCCGUCCCGCAGCAUGGACGCCAGGGCGGCCAGAGCGCCACAGUGGACCCAGCGGCCGGGCAGGCACCGCAGACGGCCGCAUCUCAGCCGGUCCCCGUCACUGUCGCCGUCUGUUCGGGCCGGGACCGGGUGGUCUCCUGAGCUGCUUUUCAGAUUUGGGGGCUGCCGGGCACUGUCCACUGUCCCACUCGCCACGGACGAGCCGCCCCCGGAAUGGCCUGGUGCGGGGAGUGGUGGCAGACCCACCACCAGCUCACCUGGCGCAGCCACGCACUGUGAGACCCUGGGUGGUGCUCCUGCCGCUCUGUGCCUCAGUUUCCCCACGUGGGCCGUGGGGAGAACUUCCAGAGCUACCUCUCGGGCGGUGGUGUGACUGUGAGAGAGGCCCCUCCCCGCCCCGGGCCCUGGGCAGAGCGCCUUCCUGGAGGGCGUCUCCAUGAAGCCUCGAUCCCCUGGACGCUGCUCGGCCACCAGGCCACCCGCCAAGGGCACACAGGCAUGGGGGCUACAUGGGGACCCGUCGGCCUCCGGAGCACUCCUGGGUCAGCCCAAGGGGGACACCUGGCACCCCCAGCCCGUGACCUCGGCCCAAGGGCGAUGGACACCCCCCAGCUGGGUCCUGAACUCGGGGCGCAGCAUUGCCUCCCCCACUGCCCGUCUGUCACCCAGCCGGCGCCCACAGCCUGAGCCUGGCUGUCCUGGUCUGUUCCCUCCGCCCCCCGCGUCCGUGCCCGCAGUGUUACAGGACAGUGUAAAUAGCGACAGCCCCGUCGGCCGCCCCACUAUGUGUAAAGCCAUUGUCCGCGGGCGGCGGCUGGCGCCGGCUCACGUGCGCCUUCAAUAAACUGAGCUGUCCCAUUGCGC